GGUAAAGGUAAAGCCAGGGCGACGACGCCUCCAGUGCCCGCUGUUAGUGCAGCGCCUGCCCAGAUUCCCGCACUGGAUGAUGCUGAAGUUGAGCAGCUGUGUACUGAAGUACCCGACGAGCUAUUCCCGCUUGCCGCCUUGCUGCAGCAAAUGCGGGAUUGCGAGGAGACCGGAGACCUUCUUGCCGCUCUGAACAGCCAAUGUCGGAUGGGCUUGGCGCAAGGAUUGUCGAGAGAUCCUCUCAACCAACAUGCAUUGGGCGGAGACCCCGAUGCAGUGGGCGAGAUGAAUGAUUUUCAUCGGAAGCUGGCCGAAAUCGCCAGCGAGUAUAUGGCCCGAACGUGGGCGGCUUUUGAUCGCCGCCAGAUGCUCGCCCCGGGAACCAGCCAGCCCUCACGCGACGAAUGGUUGCGGGUCAUCCGUAUGUUCUAUCUCCAUGAGAUCUGCCAGCGUGAGAUGAUUAUCGCUCGUCGGGGAAGAGAAGCACCAAGGCAGGAACGUGGCUUUGUUUCCGCCAAGGCCAAGGACACGCUUGACGCCCCCUGGCGCAAGUGGCUUCAAAAACUGGCCUUUUGGGAGGCCGAGCAGCUCUUCUGCAUCGUGACCUACCUGCGCAGCGUGUUCGACGGCCUUCAGGCCCGCCUUGACUCGAACCACCUACACCGGCUCGAAGACGGCAAAAUCCUUCUGCCGCCCAACAACAUGAAUUUCCACGGCGUGGCGCUGCUCUACGAAGCCCAUCGUGUCGAGGAUGCAAGCGAGCGCGCGGACCUUCUGACGGCCGACGACCGGGCCUACGUCUGGACCAUCACCAGCAUGGGUCUGCGAAAUCACCUCUCUACUCUCGGUGGCCUUAAAGGCGGCAUGAUGUUUACUCAGGACUCCUUUCCUGACCCGAGUUCCGGCGCCAAAUGCGCUUGGAAAUGGAGUCUCGGGCCUAGCGAGAGCAUCAUCCAAGUUGGGAGGGAGCGCACUGCCGACGCCCGCGACUGGGGAUACAUGUUCAUGGACAGGGAGCGCCUCGAGCAGCAUCAGGUGUUGAACCAGCCGUUCCUUGUGCGUGGCUCUCUGCCUCGCGAUCGCCCUAGGUAAUGAAAAAUUCAUUCCUCGUGAAUCUAUGAUAUACAUCGCAUCAUUCGCUGAGUAACUCGUAACAACAUGAA